AUGAGUGGCGAUCUGCAAUCAUGGGCGCUACCUCGGCUUCGUCGUUUGCUUGCCAUCGACGACGAAUCGUUGAAGGACAUCAUCACAUACACCUCAACCCUUUCGAAAGAUGCCGGUGCUGAUCAUCUGAAAAAUCUGCUUGGAGAUUCUCCACCGGCCUUGGAAUUCAUUUCAUCCUUUAACGCCAGACGAGGUGGCGGCUCGCGGAGACAAGCCUCCCACGGUCCGGUUCAAGGCGCUUCAACAAUGGCAAACGAGGAGAACGGCGUCCCCAAGAAAACACCGAAAAGCGCGACACCUUCCCUCCAUACUCCGGGUCCAGCACGUCGCCCUGAAGGUUAUGGCGAUGUGAGCGGGGGAUAUAACAAACAUUAUGACAUCGAUGACGACGGCCGAGUCCGAAGGAGGCCGGGUUCUCGAGAGUACAAUGUUCCCACCGCAUCAAAAUCUCCCGAUACCCUGGACGUGUCCCAAACCACGACAGGUCUCACUUUUGGUUCUUCGGCCGCUGCGCGGGAUGCUUCUCCCGCAAAAAGUCCACAAAAGCUCCCUCCAUCAGCCUCAGGAAACUUAAUAUCCGACUUUGGGUUUGCCAAUGUCCGGUCUAAGCAGUCCAAAAAGCCAUCGCACACCACCCAUUCCCAACCGCCGUCCGGAGCGUCCACACCAAACCGAGGAUCUGCUACGACAACCACCUCGAGUGUGGCCGAUUUGACCGCUGCAAUCGCGGCACUAGAGCUAUCUACCAAUCCAUCUCUGUCCACUCAGAGAAGAAAAUGCCCUUGCAAUGCUUCGAUACAUCCCCUUUUCACCACGGCACCGAACUGUCUGAAUUGUGGGAAAAUUAUCUGCGCCCUGGAAGGACUUCAACCGUGUUCAUUUUGUGAUGCCCCAAUCCUGACCAAGGAUCAGGUCAACAGGAUGAUCAAGGUACUGAAAGAAGAGCGUGGGAUUGAGAAAAUGGCCGUUCAUAAUGCUGGCCAGUCGCAGUCAGGGAGAGGCACCCCCAUAUUGGGGAGCUCAACACCUGACAGUGCGUCGGGGGACGAAGCAUCCUCCGCUGCAGCACGAGCACGGGCGCAUCGAGAUAAGCUGCUGGCGUUCCAACGGGAGAAUGCUCAGCGGACUCGAGUACAUGAUGAGGCUGCCGACUAUGAUGUUGGUCUGACGCCGGGGACGACGCAAUGGAUGAGUCCUGUUCAGCGUGCGGCCGCGCUGAAAAAACAACAAAAGUACCUACGAGAAUUGGAGGAGGCGAAUCGACCAGAAUGGGAGAAGAAGAAAACAGUCAUGAGCAUGAGCAUCAAAAACGGUAAAUUGGUCAAGACCUUCGAGCGCGAGAAAGCACCAGUACUGGGAGACAAAGAGGAGUCUGACGACGUGGGCGCUGAGGAAGAUGACGGUGACAGUCAGCAUCUACGUGUCGGCGGGAAGGGCGCAUUCAGCAACAAUCCUCUCCUCGCCAGUGGAAAGCUCAUACGACCUGUGUGGAAGGCUCCAGAUGGUGAUGGGAAGGGCAAAGGCCCUGAGCGGGGUGACGGUUUCGCAGGAGGGAGCAUGUGGCGCCGGGUGCAAGACGACAAUGAGGAUAACGAGCAAUGGAUAUUGGACGGUGGGCUCUAUGGCUAUGGGGUCGAGAAUAGGUCGAUGGAAGAUGGAGUGGAUAAAUAG